AUGGCUCUCUCAGCCAAAAAGGUUCCCGACCCCUGGUGUAACCUAUCUGUAAAAAACAUUUUUCUGAAAAAAAAAACAAAACUAUUCCUGACAUAUUUUGUUUUCUGGUAGUAUCAACAGUUUAUUAUUGUAGCCUUACAGUAAGAUAUUUCCCCAUCACUCUAAUAAUACUCACUGAAAUACUUUUUUUUGGGUUAUUUUUGGAUGGAUGAUCAAAACUGCGAUUGUUUGGCUUCGGUGGAGGUCUGUUUGUUCUAAUAGUCGUGUGGUGUGUUGGUCAAAAUGACUUUAAACACUUGUAUUAUUCGUGAUGCCUUUUGACCACAUCGAGGGAAUCCCUCAUCAUUUUGCUAAACACGUAAGUAUGCUGUACAUAUUUUACAUCCACAUUUCCAUCCAGCGUGUGUGAAGUAUCCCUGUCCUUCCCUCCUGCAGCGAGGUCACGACCUUAAUGGAUCAGCAUCCAGCUCUGAGAAGGCACAGCGGGGUGAAGAAGUGGUCCGGUCGGAGAUAAGAAGCAAAGGGAAUGCUGACAACCUGUUUCUGCUUUAAAGUUGACCUGCCUCUUGAGGUUUCUGCAAGCCCAGGGUUUUCUGCAAACAGUAGAGGGCGCUCUAAUCUGCUGCAGUGCAGGAUGGAGGCUUUGAGAAGAGGGCUCUUUCAUCACAAGCUUCCUAAGUGACAAAAAGGGUUGUAAACAAGGUAAAAAAAAAGAAAAAACAACAAAAAAAUUGUUAUACCUAAUUUGGAUUUAGACAUGCAUAAAUACCCACCUUCUAAAUAGUACUGCUUUUUAACUAUUUCUGCUAUUACUUUAAAAAUAAUCUUUUUUUAAAAGGAAAAACAAUAUUAUUAUUGUGUGUGUGUGUGUGUGUGUGUGUGUGUGUGUGUGUGUGUGUGUGUGUGUGUGUGUGUGUGUGUGUGUGUGUGUGUGUGUGUGUGUGUGUGUGUGUGUGUGUGUGUGUGUGUGUGUGUGUGUGUGUGUGUGUGUGUGUGUGUGUGUGUGUGUGUGUGUGUGUGUGUGUGUGUGUGUGUGUGUGUGUGUGUAAAUAUAUAUAUGUAUAUAUAUAUACAUAUGUAUAUAUACGAAUAUAUGUAUAUAUGUGUAUAUAUAUAUAUAUAUGUAUAUGUAUAUAUGCAUAUGUGUGUGUAUACAUAUUCAAAAAAAUGUAUGAAACAUUGCAAAUAAAAACAUUCCAUUCAUUACAAAAAUAAUUUUUUUCUGUCAAUUAUUUUGUAUUUAUCACAAGACAAGGAAAACAACAUGAAAAUAAAUGUAAAAAGCCAAAAUACUCCUAAUUUGCAUUAAUUGUUAUGAAAAUAAACCUCCAUUAAAAAAAGCAAGAUUAAAAUGUUACAUUACCUUAAUUAUGACAAUGAUUGUUCUUUGUCAAUCAAUUGCAUUUAUCACAGGAAAAGAAAAAUAGCAUGUCAAUCUAAAAAAAAGUGUGUCCAAAUAUAACUAAUUUUUAUUCAUUAAUUUCAUGAGAACCGCCAUUGGAAAAAAUGAAACUACAGAAAAUGUAGUUGGAUGUGAUGGAUAAACAAAAACCCAUGACCUUAAUUAUAUUCAUCACAAGACAAGGAAAAUAACAUGAACGUCUAAACAAAAAUGUCCAACUAUAACUACUUUUUAUUCAUUAUUGUUAUGAAAAUAAACUUCCAUUAAAAGAAAAAAAAAAAAAAUGCCUUAUAAUAGUUGGAUGUGUUGAAUAAGCAAUAACACAUAGCCUAUAAUGACUUUUAUUAGUUAGUAAGUUGUACAGUAUUGAUUACAAGAAAAAACAAAAACAUUAAAAUCUAAAAAAAAAAAAAAAAAGAAGGUCCAAAUAUAACUCCAUCCAUCCAUCCAUUUUCUACCGCUUAUUCCCUUCGGGUGCGCGGGGGGUGCAGACAACAUUCACACUCACAUUCACACACUAGGGCCAAUUUAUUGUUGCCAAUCAACCUAUCAUUUUCAUUUAUUAUUAAUAUGAAAAUAAAUCCCCAUUAAGAUAAAUAACAUGAAAAUAUAGUUGUAUCUGAUAAAUAACCAAAAAUACGAGGUGGCGACUUGUCCAGGGUGUACCCCGCCUUCCGCCCGAUUGUAGCUGAGAUGGACUCCAGCGCCCCCCGCUACCCCGAAGGGAAUAAGCGGUAGAAAAUGGAUGGAUGUAUGGACAUUAUCUUAAUUAUUACAAUGGUGUUCUUUUGUCAGUAAGUGGUAUUAAUCACAAGGAAAAUAAAACAAAAACAAUAAAAAUUUAAAAUAAAUUGUCCAAAUAUAACACAUUUCCUUCUAUAUUAUUAUGAAAAUAAAUUUCCAUUAAAACAUAUUCAAGAAAAUAGUUGGAUGUGGGAAAUAAUACAAAAUAAGUCAAGUAAAUAGUUGCUUGUGUGAAAUAAUAAAAAACACAAUAUUUUACAUCAUUAGAAAAGAAAAAUAACUUAUUUUCAUUCAUUAAUAUCACGUCAAUGAAAAAAUCAACAUGAAAAUGUAGUUGGAUGUGAUAAAUAAUCAAAAACACAAUAACUUAUAUUAGCUUUUCUUUUUCAGUAAGUUGUAUUUAUCACAAGAAGAAAAAAAAAGUCCAACUAUGAAUACAUUUCCUUCAUUAUUAGUAUGAAAAUAAACCUCCACUGAAAGUACUAACAACAUGAAAAUAUUGGAUCUGAUAAAAAAGAAAAUCAAAAACAUCUAAAAAAAAUAAUUUACAUAUAUAACUACCGGUAAUUUUCCUUCAUUAUCAUUAUGACAAUAAAAUAAAUAAAACAAUUCAAGAAAAUAGCUGGACGUGAUGAAUAAUUAAAGACACAUUGCCUGUCAUCACACAAAAAAAAAGGAAAAAUAACAUGACCAUCGAAAAAAAAUGUCCAAAUACAACUAAUUUUCACUUGACAAUAAACCACCAUUAAAAACAAAUCACCUUAAAAAUGUUGCCAUUAUGCAAAUUGAGAAGUGUCAAAAAGUGUGUCAAAAGCCAAAGCUGAGCAUAAAUUGAGCUACUUUGGAGGAGUAUGGCAUCAUUAAUGCUUCAAAUGUGUCAUUAUUCCAUUUUCUUUGUAGGAAGCCUUCCAAAAAAGAAGUUCCCCCUGUAGAAGAAGAAGGUGCAUGAUAAAAUAUUGGAUCUGGAAAAAAAAAAAAAAAAUCAAAAACACAUGACCAAAUUAUUACAAUGGCUUUUCCUUGUCAGUAAGUUGAAUUCAUCAAAAGAAAAAAUCCUAAAUACCUUAAAAAAUAAUUUACAUAUAUAACUAAUUUUCCUACGUAAUUAUUAUUAAAAUAAACAUUAAAUAAAUAAAAAAAAUCAAGAAAAUAGCUCGACUUGAUGAAUUAUUAAAAACACAUGGGUGCUUAAUUUGAAAAUGUAUUUUUGUUUGUGGAUUGUAUGCAACCUGUUGUGUUACCCUGGUUUUCAGUGUACAUGGGUGAAGGUGUGUGUUGAUGAGCUCGAUCUGGACAUAAUCUGAACUGAACCUGGUUUUAAGAACCCUUUUGAACAAUCUGAUUUCAUUGACAACCUGGUCUGGUGAAGAUAAGGUCCUUUAUUUAUUUAUUUAUUUAUUUUUAAAAUAAAAUAAAAUAAGAUAAAUAAAUAAAUAAAAAAUAUUUUUUCUUGAAUAAAAAAGAAAGUAAAACAAUAUAAAAACAAUUACAUAAAAAAUUGUAAUUAAUGAAAAUGUUAGUGGACCAGCAGCACACACAAUCAUGUGUGCUUUAAGGACUGUAUCCCUUGCAGACUAUAUUAUUCUAUAUUGUAGGAACCAGAAGUUUUUAAUAACAGAAAGAGACAGCCCCUUUUGUGUAAAUGAGUGUGGAUGGGGGAGGGAGUUUUUUUUUUUUGGGUUGAUGCACUAAUGGUAAGUGUAUCUUGUGUUUUUUAUCUUGUUUAAAAUAAAAAAAAUAAAAAAAUAAAAAUACAUUGCCUUUCAUCACAAAAAAAAAGGAAAAAUAACAUGACCAUCUAAUUUUUUUUCUCCAAAUACCACUCAUAUUCACUUAUUAAUAUCAUGACAAUAAACCACCAUUAAAAACAAAUUGCCUUAAAAUUGUUGUUAUUAUGCAAAUUGAGAGGUGUCAAAAGCCAAAGCUGAGCAUAAAUUGAGCUACUUUGGAGUAUGGCAUCAUUAAUGCUUCAAAUGUGUCAUUAUUCCAUUUUCUUUGUAGGAAGCCUUCCAAAAAAGAAGUUCCCCCUGUAGAAGAAGAAGGUGCAUGCUAUGAAUACAUUUCCUUCAUUAUUAGUAUGAAAAUAAACCUCCAUUGAAAGUACUAAUCAACAUGAAAAUAUUGGAUCUGAUAAAUAAAAACAAAACAAAAAAACACAUGACCGAAUUAUUACAAUGGCUUUUCUUUGUCAGUAAGUUGUAUUCAUCAAAAGAAAAAAUCCUAAAUACCUAAAAAAUAAUUUACAUAUAUAACUAAUUUUCCUUCAUAAUUAUUAUGAAAAUAAACAUUAAAUUAAAAAAAAAAAAAUCAAGAAAAUAGCUCGACUUGAUGAAUAAUUAAAAACACAUUGCCUUUCAUCACAAAAAAAAAAAGGAAAAAUAGCAUGACCAUCUAAACAUUUUUUCCAAAUACCACUCAUUUUCACUUAUUAAUAUCAUGACAAUAAACCACCAUUAAAAACAAAUUGCCUUAAAAUUGUUGUUAUUAUGCAAAUUGAGAGGUGUCAAAAGCCAAAGCUGAGCAUAAAUUGAGCUACUUUGGAGUAUGGCAUCAUUAAUGCUUCAAAUGUGUCAUUAUUCCAUUUUCUUUGUAGGAAGCCUUCCAAAAAAGAAGUUCCCCCUGUAGAAGAAGAAGGUGCAUGGUGAGGAAGGCUGCUGUUGGUUGGGUGACGACUGCGCCCGCCCCUUAAUCCUAUUGGCUGUCAGCCCACCGCGGGGCCGAGUGCCCGCUGGCUGAUGCAGCUGUCAAUCACGGGCGACGUCCUCUCCUGGGGCUCGUGGGCUGGGAGAGAGGCGACGUGAGGCAGGCGGCCAACCAACCAACAAACCAACCAGUCAGUCAGUCAGACGCUGCGUGCGUGCGUGGAGAGACGAGAGUGACGGAGGGUUCCCACACCAAACCCACUCGUGUGUUGAAUGUUGUGCGUGGACCAUCACCAGCGCGCCGCCAUGCGCGUGCACCUGGCUGGGAGCUUUACGGUGGCCGCCGAGAGACACCGCGUGUGAUUUAUUAGUGUGUGUGUGUUUGUGUGUGUGUGUGUUGUUAUUGUUGUGUUGCAUGUGAAGGAGGCUGACGUUCGCCGGCUCUGCGGCUGUUUAGUGUGUGCUCGUCGGUUGCCAGCCACCACCGCCAUCCCGCCUCCCUCCUAUGGGACUCUAAUUAAUCGGAGGCAUGUGGACUCGCACCAGGAUUAGACAUCGCUUCCUAACAGUGUGCCUGCUCUUGACGUUAUGGGCCAAGGCGUCCCAGUCAACGGGCUAUUUCGAGCUGCAGCUGAUCUCCGUGGAGAACGUGAACGGCGAGCUGGCCGGCGGCGAGUGCUGCGACGGCUCCAGGAGCUCCCGGGAAGACCUGCGCUGCGUGGAGGACGAGUGCGACACCUACUUCAAGGUGUGCCUCAAGGAGUACCAGGGGGACAUCGCCACCGGGGGGCCCUGCACAUUCGGCGCGGGAGCCACGCACGUUCUCGGUGGAAAUAUGUUGAAUUUUCAGAACGCAAAGAAUAAAAUCGACGAGGCCGGCAAGAUUGUGAUCCCCUUCCAGUUCGCAUGGCCGCGGACGUACACCCUAAUUGUAGAGGCCUGGGACUGGGACAACGUGACCCGGAACCACGACGAGGAGCUGCUGAUCGAGCGCACGGCCCACACGGGCAUGGUCAACCCCGGUGACCCGUGGAAGACCAAUACCUACAACGGGCCCGUGGCCCGCAUAGUCUACCGUAUCCGGGUGCGGUGCGAUGACAAUUACUACGGCAACAAGUGCAAUAAGCUGUGUGUUCCUCGCGACAACUACUUUGGCCACUAUCGCUGUGACCAGUCGGGCGACAAGGUGUGCCUGGAGGGAUGGAUGGGUCCUAAAUGUCAGACAGCAAUCUGCAAGCAAGGCUGUAAUCUGGAGCAGGGUGGCUGCACGGUUCCAGGGGAGUGCACGUGCAAGUACGGCUGGCACGGGGACUUCUGCAACGAAUGUACGGUGUUCCCGGGAUGCGUCCACGGCACUUGCAGCGUGCCCUGGCACUGCGACUGCGAGAGGAACUGGGGCGGCCUGCUGUGCGAUAAAGAUUUGAAUUACUGCGGCCGCCACCAGCCGUGCGUCAACAGAGGCACGUGCAUGAACACCGAACCAGACGAGUACCACUGCGCGUGUCCACAAGGCUACUCAGGCAAGACCUGUGAGAUCGCCGAGCACUCCUGUGUUUCCAGUCCUUGUGCAAACGGCGGGACAUGCCAUGAAGCUCCCUCAGGGUUCGAGUGCCAGUGUCCGCCGGGCUGGGAGGGUCCGACCUGUGCACACAAUCUGGACGAGUGCGCCUCCAAUCCAUGUGCCCGAGGUGGAACGUGCAUCGACCUGGAGGAUGGCUUUGAGUGUGCCUGUCCUCCAGAGUGGGAAGGAAAGACCUGCCAGAUAGAUGCUAAUGAGUGUGCAAGAAAGCCAUGCGUGAACGCUUAUUCUUGCAAAAAUUUGAUUGGUGGAUAUCACUGCGACUGUUUUCGGGGAUGGUCUGGACAAAACUGUGACAUCAACAUGAGUGGCUGCAAAGGGCAAUGCCAGAACGGAGCUAUAUGCAAGGAGGGCCCACAUGGACACAUCUGCCAGUGCCCGCCGGGCUUUGUGGGUUCUCGCUGUGAAAUCCAGAGGAACAAGUGUGACAGCGGACCUUGCCAGAAUGGAGGGCAAUGCCACCCUGUGUUGGGUGGCUUUGUGUGCCAGUGUCCAUCAGACUACGCAGGAAAGCUGUGUGAGAUCCAGAUCUUGUCCCCUUCGGAUGCUUGCGAAGCGAACCCGUGCGAGAACCGGGCCAAGUGCCACAGCAUGGGCCAGGACUUCUACUGUGCGUGUCCUGAAGGCUUCGAGGGAAAGACCUGCGAUCGCCCCAAAGAGGACUGCAAGACCACCCCAUGUCAAGGCAAGGACAAUCCCCAGCUAGGACUAUUUCCUUGCGUUCGUGCAAUAGAGGAAGUAAUAAUGCCUUUAUUGCCUUCAGUUAUCGACAGCUGCACCGUUGCUGUUGCGACCAACGACUCGGCAGAAGUGCGGCACAUCUCCUCCAACGUCUGCGGGCCUCGGGGGCGCUGUGUGAGCGGGCCGGCCGGCAACUUCACGUGCAUCUGUGACCCGGGGUUCAGCGGCAUCUACUGUCAUGAGAACAUUAACGACUGCAUCCAGAGCCCGUGUCAAAACGGGGGCACCUGCAUCGACGGCGUCAACUCGUUUCAGUGCUUCUGUCCUGACGGCUGGGAAGGACGGCUCUGCGACCUCAACGUCAACGAGUGCCGACACAACCCGUGUAAGAACGGUGGCCGCUGCGUGGACCUCGUGAACGACUUCUACUGCGAGUGUGCCGACAGCUGGAAGGGCAAGACCUGCCACUCGCGCGAGAGCCAGUGUGAUGCCACCACCUGCAGUAACGGAGGCACCUGCCAUGACCACGGGGACACCUUCCGCUGUGCCUGCCCCCCUGGAUGGGGAGGAAACACGUGCAACACAGCCAAGAACAGCACAUGCGCCUCCAGUCCGUGCUCCAACGGUGGAACCUGCGUGGGAGGAGGAGACACCUUUUCUUGUAUCUGCAAAGAGGGCUGGGAAGGUCCCACCUGCGGCCAAAAUAUCAACGACUGCAACCCUCAUCCAUGCUAUAACGGCGGUAUCUGCGUGGACGGAGUCAACUGGUUCCGCUGCGAGUGCGCCCCCGGGUUCGCCGGUCCCGACUGCAGGAUCAACAUCAACGAGUGCCAGUCAUCACCCUGUGCCUACGGCGCCACCUGUGUGGACGAGAUCAACGGCUUCCGCUGCGUUUGUCCACUUGGCAGAACUGGAGUCAGAUGUCAAGAGUUCAUAGGUAUUGGGAAGUCUUGUCAGUACGUCGAUCUGCAGUUUCCUCACGGCAGCCGCUGGGAGGAAGAGUGCAACAGCUGCCAUUGCAGCAACGGAAAAGUGGACUGCACAAAGGUGCUGUGCGGUCGCCGGCCCUGCCGCCUCCUGUCAUCAGACCAGGACCAGUCGGAGCAGUCCUGCCCUGCCGGACGGAAGUGUGUUCCCCACAGAUACCUGACGUGCUUCGCCCCUCCUUGCCAUCAGUGGGGGGUUUGCUCUGUGGGUAGAACGUCGCUGGCUCUCACACAGACCACCAGCACCAAGUGCCAGCCGAACGGCGGGCACCUGGACAACAACUGCGGCCGCGUCACCUUGGUUUUCAACAAAGACAAAGUCCCGCCAGGGACCACAGUGGAGAACAUCUGCUUUGAGCUGAGGUAUCUUCCUGACACCCGGACUUUGGCCAAAGACCACAAUCUCCUGCUGCUUUGCGACUUGUCUCGUUCCACUCAGGACGCUGUGGAAGUGGCCGUAUCCUUCCAGCCCGAGGAUCUUGCGGACCACAGUCUGAUUCAGGAGACGGCCAACGCCAUCGUGGGCACCUUGUCCAAGCGCCACAACAGCACCAUCAUGUUGGCAGUUAUUGAGGUGAAGGUGGAGACGCAGGUCACGUCUGCUUCAUUAGAUUACCUGCUGCCUCUCCUCUGCGGCAUCUCCAGCUUACUCUGCCUUUCCUGCGUCAUCGUUUGCGUCUGGUGGACUCGCAAACGGAGAAAAGCGCGCGAAAGGAAUGCGCACCUCCCGUCCGACGUCAACAACCACUGGGAGCCUCUUCGGCUCGUCGGAGGGCGUCCGCAGCCGCAGUCGCAGCUGAAAGAGAGCAACAGGGAGGCGGAGCAGGAGCGCAAAAAGCUCAUGGAGCCUUCUUAUCGGACGUGUGAUGAAGGAGAGGAGGAGGAGGAGACGGAAGGCGAGCAGGAGCUGGAGGAGGAGGAGGAGGAGGAAGAGGAGGAGGAUGAGAUGUGCGGGGCGGAGGCGUCUCCUAAGAACUCCAAGACUGCCGUGCAGUCGAGCGCGGGUCUGAUCUGCACCACGCACACUUCCAGUUCGCCCCUAAAGGCGCCACACCGGACCCCCGGCUACAACCCCAAAGACAACCGCUGGAAAAAUGUCAGCGCCGUCACGACGGGCCAGAAGGACGUCCGAGAUCAUUGCGUAUGAGACAUUUCAAGGAAAGACUCGCCAUGAGGCGGCCUUUUUUUUUUUUUUUUUUUUUUUUUUUUUUUUUAAGUCUUUUGGGACUAAAAAGGCUUUGUUUUUUAAAUAAGCCAUUUUUAUUUAGUUUUCGUCACCUGACGUGAUGUUUAGGUUCAGGCAGCACAGUGGACACCCUCAGUUCUUUGUCAGGCGGGAAAAGAAGCUCGCUGCGAUUUACGUUGAUGUACCAGAUAAGAAACAAGGAGAAAAAUCCGUAUUCUGAUUUUUGUUUUUUGCGUUCCAGACUGUUAUGACUUGUGGUCCCAUCAGACUUCUGUUGGACGUCCCGGGCCAGGAAGGAAAAACCUUACCCCUGCUCUUUGUCGCUCCGGCCAAGAAACCCCACAGUGCCUACUUUGUGGCCUUCAGUCAUUUUAUCCCGUCUUCUCAGUCGUCUGAGCUCUUUUUUUUUUUUUUAACCAUAUUCAUUUUAUUUUAUUUUUUUUUGCAGUAUUUGAGUUGGUAGCAAGUGCCUUUCUCACUCCAAGUCGCGCUGCCCAGUUUGACCUCCUCGCUUUGGACAUUUAAAGAGUUCCAUUUCACAGCAACGCCAUUCAAGGUAUUUGAUCCGAACAGAAAUGAACACUCUGUACAUAUUUGUAAAUACAAAAAAAAAAAAAAAGGAGGAGUCGCUGUGUAUAUUUGAAAUAAGUAACUUAAGACGAGUCACACAUUUUUAUUAUUAUUAUUAUUAUUAUUAUUAUUGUUAUUAUGAGUAAUAUUAUUUUUUUUACAACGCCAUUCCUUUUAUUUAUGCCAGUGGAAAUAGGAAGGUUUUAUAAAGCGUCAACAGGCCCACAGUUAAGAACCUUUACAGUGAGGUACCACCCAUGAAGGACUUUUUUGAAGGGUUUAAAAAUGGUUUGUUUGUUUUCUUUUUUAAUUAAAAAAAAAAAUGCUUUGAUUUCAUCCAGACUCAUAUCCGACUUUUCAUAGCUAAACAGUCAAUAGUUAUUUCGGCCUUAAAAGCCAUUUCUAAGCCCGUCAUUAAACCCUUUCUGUUUCAGGUGCCUUAAUGUAACCAAUCAUGCAUUAUUUGUGUCAUGAGUUGUCAUCUUUUUAUGCUUUUUUUGGUUUGUUUUCACGAGUAACUCUUUAAAAAAACAAAAACAACAAAAAAAAAAACAACUGUGUUGUAUUGUGGCGUGUUUUAUUCGCCUUAGUAAAGUGCUUUCCUUGUCUCGCUUUGCUUUCGGGAUGGAGAUGAAAAGACACUUGUCCACCGCGGUGCUUUUUUUCCGCGUCGCGAAUGUGGACGUCUUGUCGGGUCAAAUGUUGGGUUUCACGGCUUUAACCAAGGAGACCAUGUUUGCUGCAGCGAGCCUGCAGCUGUCUUUGUUUCAGUUACCAACUCAGUCCACACGGGAAAGAAAGAAAAAAAAAAGAAAAAGUUUCGACCCCGCCCCCUUUUUUUCCACACCAUGUAAGACCAUCAUCAUAUUUUCUGUUUCACGGGACGCAGCAAAAAUAAAGAAUUCAAGCGGCAUCACUGCUGGUUUAAAAACUGAAUAUGCAUAUUUUUCAUUCUAUAUGGUUUUUGUACAAAGGAAAGCUUUUCGUGAAUGUUUCAUGGGCCCUUAUUAAAGCUCUUUUGACACUUUCUCAUCACGCUUGUGAUAUUUGGAGUUCCGCACAGACUAGCUCAAACAAAAAGGUACAUUUCU